AUGGUCUUCGCCGAAGGACAAUGUCAGAUGCUGCCUUGUCUAAAACCAUCACCUUCCACUGCACCAACAAACAGUCACACUUCCCCGCCAUUUUCACAAGGAUCAUUGGACGGGACUCCAUUUUCUAGUGUUCAAACCUCCCCCACUUAUAACUUGACGGAUGAAUAUACCCUUGCUGUUCAAACCAAUUCCUAUAGUGAGAUAUGGUCUAAGAUCCACCAAAGCACCUAUUCCAAUGAAAGAGUAGAGGUUGGGCAGGUGGAUCAACCUGCUGAACCUGAACUCUUAGAGCAGAUCCUUGACCCUAGCCAUGAAUAUGUCUCUGAAGCACUCUCACAUAUUAGACAGAAUGCCCUAACCAAUCUUGUUGCUACCUAUUUUGACCAUAGUGAAUCCACUUCCCGUUUGUGCCUUCGCAUAUACCGAAGUGUCCAUCGUGCUCGCCUAAUAUAUGCCCCACUUGCUGAAUUCCUUGAUAUCCUACCAGUAGAUAUAGAAAAUGGUACAUCAUCCCUGUCUCAGAUCCAAUGUGAUAGGGCUUUUGACAUUUUUCUCGAAUUUGACCAAUUUGAGAACCCCUUUCCUAGCCCUGGAUCGUACAAUUUCGAUGAUAUGCGCCGCUGCUUCUCCGAGCUGAGGCAAGAGCUUGAUAAAAGUUUGCAGAAGUCCAGAUUGCGAAUGCAGCGCCUCCGGUGUGCAACAGGAACCUCUGUCAUUUGCUUAAUUGCAGCAACAGUUGGAGUGGUUAUAUCUGCCAUCACUAUAGCCACUCAUGCUUUCGCAGCUCUUGUUGCCACCCCAUUAUGUGCUGUUUGCCUUCCUACUAAAUUGAGUAAGAGGGAGUUAGCCCAUUUAUCACAGAUUGAAGCAGCUGCAAAGGGGACUUAUGUCCUUCACAAUGAUCUAGACACCAUAGAUCGUUUAGUAGUGCGGCUUCAUACAGCGUUUGAGGGUGACAAGCUUCUUAUUCGACUUGGGUUGGAGAGGGGCAGGGAGAGGCAUCCUAUCCAGGAGGUGGUGAAGCAGCUUCGCAAAACUCUUUCAAACUUCAUGCAGCAGCUUUCAGAUCUUGAUGAGCACUUGUGUCUCUGCUUUGCUGCAAUUAAUCGCGCCAGAUCGCUUCUUCUUGGAGAAGUCCAUCUUCACAGUCUAAUGUCAUCUAACAUUUCUACAUGA